AUGGGUUUCAAGAUUUCUCGCACUCAGCGACUGAGUGCAGUCAUUGCUAUCUCGACGUCCUUCUUCAUCGCUGAGAUUUCAGUGGGUUUCUAUACACAUUCUCUCGCUCUCAUAGCAGACGCUUUUCAUUAUCUGAACGAUCUCAUCGGGUUUAUUAUUGCUCUUGUCGCCGUUGUUGUCUCAAAUAAACGCACUCCUCCCAAAACUUUAACAUACGGAUGGCAGCGUGCGGAGCUUCUUGGCGCGUUCUUCAAUGGAGUCCUCCUUUUCGGUCUUGGAAUCAGCGUUUUUCUACAAUCUAUCGAGAGGUUUAUCUCGUUGCAACCUGUCGAGAAUCCAAAGUUGGUUCUCAUCAUUGGCUCAAUCGGUUUGGGGCUUAAUAUCAUCAGUGUUCUAUUCCUGCAUGAUCAUGGUCAUGGACACGAUCAUGGCCAUAACCACAGCCACGACGAUCAUGCUACCGCCGACGAAGCCGACCUGCACUCAAACACGUAUGCUUAUUCCUUGACAAAUGAAAUGCACGUUCACCAUAAACACCAGAUCAACGCGGCCUCUGCCUCUUCCCACAGACCCGGCCACGACCUCGCUAUUAUGGGAGUUCUAAUCCAUGUCCUCGGGGACGCCGGUAACAAUCUCGGGGUUAUGGCCGCCGCGUUGGUCAUCUGGCUCGCUGAUUACGGUGGAAGAUACUAUGCUGAUCCGGCGGCUAGUAUGGGGAUCGCAUUGAUGAUCUUUGCUUCCUCUAUACCUCUAAUCAAACGCGCGGGUCUGAUUCUGUUACAAAGUGCCCCGGGGGAAGUUGAUCCUGAUGACGUGAAACAUGAUUUGGAAAGAAUACCCGGUGUUCGCGCCAUUCACGAGCUUCAUAUCUGGCGCCUGAACCAGACCAAAUCCCUCGCGUCAGCCCACAUUCUGCUAACGGAUGAUGCAAAAGCCAACUUCACUGCUGUGGCAAAAACAAUCAAUGAAUGUUUCCACGCAUACGGUAUUCAUUCAGUCACGCUGCAGCCGGAAGUGUGGUCGGAUCGGAAGGGUUUCAUGGCUACUCCGGCUGGAAAUGAUACAGAUACAAUGUCCGCGCCGUCGGUAAGGCAUGACUCCGGUAUAUCAGAGCGAGAUUGUCAACUCGUUUGCGGAAAGCUGUGUGAAGAUCUUUCAUGCUGCUAA